CCCGCUGAACACGGCUCCCAAUAACAAACAAUAAUAUCACGGGUGUUUAUUUACAUGCCCCUCUCCAUUCGCCCGUUCCCUCACUUUCGAUGCGACUUUCAACGUGUUUUCGUCCAUUUUUGAAGAAAGAGAAGUAAUCGGCUGAAACCUUGCUCCAGGUGCAUAUGAUGAGGCGCUUGAAUGAGACAUUGCAAAAGCAGGUAGUGAGCUCACUCGAGGUGUGCUUUUGCUGAGAAGAGGAUCGCACUUCUUUGCCCAUUCUCAACCCAUACACAGCCACGCGAAUCCUUCCUCCUCCUCGACUAAUCUCUCCAAUCCAGCGGUCAAAGAUUCUUUUUUGACGUGGCACCAACCGAUCGUCACUGUCACCUAAAAUCUACCGGAACGAAGCCGACCAACUAGACGACCGGGCUGCUGCGAAGAUGGCACAAAGUCUCGAGGCGAAGAUCGUGGUAUUGGGAUCGCAGGGUGUGGGAAAAACUUCACUGGUGCACCGAUAUGUAAAGAAUGAAUUCGCACCAGUAGGCACGACGUCGACAGUCGGCGCAAGCUUCUUGACGAAGAGGGUGGUAGACGAAGAUUCCGAUACCACUGUAAGGCUCCAAAUAUGGGACACAGCAGGGCAGGAACGAUUCAGAUCGAUAUCAAGACUUUAUUACAGAAGCGCAAAUGCCUGUAUCCUUUGCUACAGCAUAACAGACCUCUCCUCCUUUGAAGAAAUGGGCGUGUGGCUCGCAGAACUUCGGCGCAAUCUUCCUGCAGACAUUAUACUACAUGUCGUAGGCACGAAAUCAGAUAUCGUUGCGAGAGAUCCUUCGCUGCGUCAAGUUCCGUUUGAGCGCUGUAUUGCAUACGUCGCGGAUAAUCUGGCACCAGGAAUGAGCAGUACUCCACCUGCAACUGCAACACCAGGCAGCUCAGGAGGGAUUUUGGAAGGAAUGGGAGGAGGUGGGAUGUACGGAGGCAACUGGCUAGGACAAGGUGGAAGAAAUAGUAAUAAUGCUUUGGAUGGGGCGAGGAGUCCAAGCUCUAAGAGAAGUAGUGGAUUCUGGGGACAAGAAGUUGGAUGGGAUUGCUGUCACGAAGUUUCUGCCGAGAAUGGAGAAGGCGUGGAAGAGGUCUUCAGAGUCAUAUCGAGAAAGUUGGUUGAGCAGAAUAGGAAGUUGACGGAUGGAUUGGCGAGUGCAGCUCAGACACCAAACCCCACGCCUGGUUUGGAUGGAGGUGACGGUUACUUUGAUCAUAUGAGACCGGGUGGGAGUUUUAGAGUUGGCAGAGAUAGGAGAAGUUGGUUUGGAGUGCAAGUCGAGAGCUAUAUCGAAGAGACCGAGGCGAAUGGAACUGCUGUGGAUAGGCAUGUCAAGACUAGAAGGAAGUGCUGUUAGUUUAGAUACCCGGAGUUUUAGAGUUUGGGAGAUGGCAUGAAUGAUGGAUAACGAAAGCAUUCGGACAUGGCGUUGGUGGGAUAGCAUCAGGAGUUUUGUGGCAGAUUAUUUCCAAUGGAUAUCAUGACCCUCUUUCCCAU